AUGCAACUCGGUCUCUCAGAAAGUCUUUCGGCGCUGGUCGCCAGGCGGUUCGCUACCGCUAAAGAAGGAAAUCAUCUAGUUUUCUCGCAUACACAUUUGUCAAUCGUUACAGCUGCAGGGAUCCCAUACCAACUACGCUACUGUCCAGCUCUAGCAAAGAAACCCACCAAUCUCAAACCCGACGGCCCAAAAGGUCCAAAGCCUGAUCCCUUCGAGAACCCCUCCCCAGAACUCCUCCUCGCCCAAUUCCCACCCGAGAACCCCUCCCACGCCCUCAUUCUCAACAAAUACCCCGUAAUCCCAAACCAUUUCAUCCUCGCCACAAAACAAUGGCGUGCUCAGACAGAUCUACUCGACAAAGUAGAUCUAGAAGCUACAUACGAGUGUCUCCGCACAUGGGGCACUGACAACAACACCACAGACAACCCGCGUCUCUUCGCAUUCUUCAACUCCGGAGAAGAUAGCGGCGCAAGCCAACCACACCGCCAUCUCCAAUUCCUUCCUGUCGAAGCAAUGCAUCAGCCCAGUGCAGGUACAGAUUGGAUUCCACUCAUCGAACUCCUUGCCGCACAAUCACAACCGAAAGCGAAUCAGAAUCAGAGUCAAUUCCAAUAUAUCCCUCACCUCCCAUUCGCCCAUUUCGCCCUCCCCAUCCCGGAAAACGCAACUUCAGAAAUCCUCCACUCAAUCUACCUAUCCCUCUACCGUGCCGCGGUCGCCGCAACAAAAUCGCAAGAUCCUCACACCCAUCAGGGCAACCUCCCAACUCAGGGUCCGUCGGCUAUAAGCUAUAACCUGGCGAUGACGCUUUCAACAAUGAUGAUUGCGCCGAGACGGACAGAGACGGCGAUUGUUCCUAUUGAUGCGGAUGCGGCGAGAGAUACGCUGGAUCCGGGGGUGAUUUCGUUGAACGGGACGAUUCUUGCGGGGACACUAAUGGUGAAGGCGGAAGGGGAGUGGGAUUCGUUGAGAUAUUAUCCUGAGAAUUUGAAUCGUGCUUUGAGGGAUGUGGGAUAUCCGAGAGUCGAUUUUGGAGGAUCUUUGUUGUGA